AUUUUUAGAAAAAAAAUAAAGAAAGAAAGAAAACCCUAGUUGUUCCAAUCCAACAACCACUCGGUUCCAAAAAGGAAAGGGUUUUUCCUCAACACUUUCCACCUUCACCACAUAAAGCUCUUUUCCUCUUCAAUUCACCCAUCCAUGUUCUUCUUCUUCUUCUUCUUCUCUGCGCGCCCCAACGCAAGCGUUUCCGAUGUGAUACCUCGAGCUUCCAGAGCACAGCCACUUGUUCCUGAAGAAGAAGCGCUGUGAUCCGUUCGAUUACGAGGGUUUGGGUUGGGAUUGGGAAUGGAAGCGCGCGUGGGGAUGGUGGUGGAAGGGGGGCAGAGAACCCUCAACAACGACGCCGCCGCCGCCAAGUUCCUGGUGGCGCCGAAUACCCAGAAGCUGGGAACGAUGCAUCAGCUUCUCGCCGGCGGCGUCGCCGGGGCGUUUAGCAAGACCUGCACUGCGCCCCUUGCGCGACUCACUAUCCUCUUUCAGGUGCAAGGUAUGCAUUCUGAUGUGGCAGCAUUGAGCAACCCUAGCAUAUGGCGAGAGGCAUCACGUAUUAUCAAUGAAGAAGGGUUUAGAGCAUUUUGGAAAGGCAAUAUGGUGACCAUUGCUCAUCGUCUCCCAUAUUCUGCAGUCAACUUCUAUGCCUAUGAACGCUACAAGAAUCUAUUACAUUCAGUGAUGGGGGAGAAUGUUAAUGGAAAUUCAAGUGCAAACCUCCUUGUGCACUUUGUGGGUGGUGGUUUGGCAGGUAUAACAGCUGCUUCUGCCACAUAUCCUUUGGAUCUUGUGAGAACACGACUUGCGGCACAGAGAAGUAUCAUGUACUACAGGGGCAUCUCUCAUGCCUUCAGUACCAUCUGUAGAGAAGAAGGUUUCUUGGGUCUGUAUAAGGGGCUUGGAGCAACAUUGUUGGGUGUUGGACCCAGUAUAGCUAUUAGUUUUUCUGUUUAUGAGUGGUUACGUUCUUUAUGGCAGUCACAGAGGCCUGAUGAUUCUACUGCUGUGGUUGGUCUUGCUUGUGGCAGUCUUUCUGGAAUUGCAUCCUCAACAGCAACAUUUCCUUUGGAUCUUGUGAGGCGCAGGAUGCAGUUAGAGGGUGUUGGCGGUCGAGCUCGUGUCUACAACACUGGCUUGUUUGGAGCAUUUGGGCGCAUUAUUCAAACUGAAGGGGUACGAGGUUUGUACAGAGGAAUUCUGCCAGAGUACUACAAGGUUGUUCCCAGUGUGGGCAUUGUCUUUAUGACUUACGAAACCUUGAAGAUGCUUCUAUCAGGCAUUCCAAGUUAUUAGCAUACUCAAUUGCUAAAUUUGUGCCAAUGCUCUUGGUUUAAGUUAAUUGAAAAGUACAAUGCUGGGGAAAUUUGAUCUCUUAGGAAGCUGGUAUGCUAGAAAAUAUCAUGGUUAACAUUUUCUAGCUAGUUUUGUCGAGGUGAAUUUUGCUGUUAUUACCAGCAAUUUUGUUCUGCAUAGGUAGUUAUAAUUUGAGAGACAACAUUUUACCAACUUCGAAUAUUAGGUUGAUACCAUUUUGUAGCUGAUGAUUUUAUCAACGAAGCAGUAUUUAUGAGGUGAAUUUUGCUGUUAUUACCAGCAUUUUUGUUCUGUAUAGGUAGUUAUAAUUUGAGUGACAACAUUUGUACCAACUUCGAAUAUGGUUGAUACCAUUUUGUACCUGAUGAUUUUAUCAAUAAAGUAGUUUUGUUUUAAUG